AUGACCGACGCAACCGAAGACAGUGAAGACGACCACACAAAGAGAAAAGGUUUUAGGUCAAACAAAUUUAACAAGACAGCUGAUGAUGACGAGUACAACGAGGAUGACGAUCAUUUCGGAGAGACUUAUGACGAUGAUGAAGAAUUUGGAGAGCACAAUUUUGAUGAUGAAGAAGAUCAUUAUCAUGAUGAUGACGACUUACGAAGCGGAGCCAGCAACCAAAGUCAAAACCGUGAUGACAACGAAAUUCCAAGUUCACAACCCUCAAAGAGAUCCUCAGUGAAACAAAGUCGUGAUUCUCUGGAUGAUCUGGAUGACGAGGUUAGUGCACGGUCUUCCUCCAAUCUCAAGGAAGACUCUGAUGAAGAUCAACCAGCUAAGAAACCAGUAAUGAAAUCUUUGGCCGGUAUUAGUGCUGCAGAAAGAAGAAACGCUCUAAACAAGAAUAAUUCCAGGAAACAUCAAAAUCUUAGUUUAACGAGUGAGGUAGAUUCUGAUGCGUUCUUGAAAAAUCUUGAAAAAACUAACCAGACCAUUCAAGAGAGACAAAAGCGAAAUGAGAAAAACAACGGUGGACUUACUGUCACGUCUCCUAGAAAUACCAUGUCUGAGGAGAGCAUGACUGGAGAUGAACACUCCAGUGGUGAUGAAGCAAGGUUGGCUGAGGUUCAAAAACAAAUCAAGCAAGAACAGCUUGAGAAGAAAGCUAUGCAAGAGAAGCUUGAAAGAUUACAAAGGGAAGCUAACGAGAGAGCUCUUAUAGAUUAUGUUAUUAUUAACAAGACACCAGAGUUUGAAAAAGAAAUUGCUGUUUCUGCGCCAAUUCUUUACAAAUGUCUGAAACAUUGGGAUAGCUUCACGCCUUCAAAUAAUCAAGUUCUUUCCAAGAUCACUAAGGCUCUUCAACAAGUUGUGCAAAAGAACGAAAACAAUCAAACCAAUCAAUGCUAUUGGCUAUCUGUGAUACUCUCUCUAUUAACACUCCUUCAAACAGAUUUCCCUGUUUCUAGAUCUCAAGAGCAUGGCGUUCAAAUUGAUUUACUUAAACGAGUGGAGUCUUCAGCUAUCAAUGCCGGCAAAGGUGUUAUGGAAGACGUAUUACCACCAAAGGACAACGUUGUAGACGUUAAAGAAAUGUUGCAAAUAGUUUAUCAAGUACUUGAUAUAGAUAAGCAACAGAAAAAUACUUUAAUUAUUAAUUAUGGAGAUUCUACAACAAAUGAGGACGAAUUUGCUUUUGAUAGUCCAGUUUCUCAAUUCAAAAACGAAUUGUUGUCAUUGGUUAACAAGAUAUUUAUUCAAUACUAUCAAGAUGUGAUACGUCAGCUAUUACCUUUCUUGUUCGAAGCACUCUUUGGAAAGCAUGGUCAAAUGUCAUCAACUUCAAGCCCUAUGAAAAUUGUCAAAUUAUUCGAAAAUUUUUACAAGCUCUUCCAAGAUAAUUAUAUUUCAAAGACAUUUUCCGAACAAUUCUUUGCACAUUUAUUUUACUUUAUUAAUUGCUUUGGAUUUAAUGCUAUUCUAUCUGGAUCAAGAAGAUAUUGUAAUAUGGGUUCUGCUAUCAUGUUGAAGAUGUGUGUUUCGCAGCUUGAGCAAUGGGCUGAUGAGAAAAAGUUUGGACUUGGCUCUAUAAAGAGCAUUAAGCGAGGUCUCCUACCAAUCGUUGGACUUGUAUAUUUGAGACAAAGCUCAGAUGUAAUGAUAAUGAAUAAGGCAUCACUAGUUGAUUCAACCACACGACAAGAAGUAUGUCCUGUGUUGUCAGCCACUCAAUUACGAAAGAUCUUAGAAAGCUAUCAAAAAGAUGACUUUGAUCCUGAUGUUGUUCCUCAGGCAGUCCUCAAAUCUCUACCAGCACUCGACAAGAACAAACCUGCCAAAUUUUACUCGAUUCUACGGCCAUCUUUAAGCCUGAAUUAG